GCUCUUUCUUUGUUUAGCUCGGCUGCUAACGGGAGCCCGCGGCGCUUCAUUAAUCUCUCAUUAAUUGCGCUGCGUAGUUGGGUUCAUAACGACAUUCAUUUGCUGGACGCGUCGGUGUGCGUUGUUUAUUGUCGUCGGGAUGUGCAUUAGCCAGCGUACUAACAAGCCGCUAUGCUAACGCUAGCAUAACAAACGCAGCUCAGGUAAAGCGAAGCCCGGAUUAAACCUGCUCUGCAGAUGUUUGACACUCCUGAUGUUAUCCUGAUCAUAAUCAGAUAUAUUCUGAAGCGCAAAAGACAGAUUUAGCCGAUCCUGACGAUAAAAUAUUACAAUUCCGGGUUCAUGCGCUAAUAAAUCCAAUUAAAGCGCUGAAAUAUGAAUGCAGACAAUAAAACAGCUUGUUUUUGGCAUUAAUGAAGGCCUCAUCAUGAGUUUGACACCAAAUACAGGAAUACAGACGUGAUUUAUAAAGUAUCCAGACACAAAGCUGAAGUUCAGCAAAUACCGUGGUAUCCUUUGCAGUACUGUGUAGAAUACCGUGUUGAUAUGGAAGAGCCUCCCAGCGACUCAGCUGGUUUACAGCCUCAGGAUCUGUCGUCCGCCUGCAGCCUCCCCAACAUCUUCGAUCUGACGCGCAACGCUGAGGAAUGCCUUCUGAAAGCCAACCCCAUCGACGCCUUGCGUGUCGUCCAGACGCCGGGCUGGUUCGUCAAUCCCGGGACCAGCAAUGGGAUGUUGCUUCCAGAAACCGACUCUGAUCCGCUGCCGCUCCCCACAGACCAGAUCCAACCGGAUAAUGCGUUUUCCAACACGACCGUCACGCUCUCCUACGUGAGCCGGUCGCACGUCUUCUCAGAACAUUCUCCGAUUUACGACGUUCCUUCCUUGAGCAAGGCGUUUGUGCUGCAUCCCGCUGCAUAUGAUGCCGGAAAGCUGACGAGGGAUGCAGGAGAUGCGGCGCUUUCGGUGGACCAACACUGUCUCCAGCCGGUGUCUGUGCCGGUUGGACUGACGGCCUGUGAUCAGUUCGGCUUCAUGACGCCGGCUCAGGUCGUGGAGAACAUGGCGGCGUUCUGCUACCUUCAGCAACCUCCGGAUGUGCAAGAUGUGGAAAGCCUUGCUUUGGAAACUCUCAAAUCUUUACAAGUCGAUCCCAGCGAGUGCAGGUUCCCCAUCAGCAUGGACGAGCUCCAAAUUGGAGCUGCGAAUGGCCUGUGGAACGUCGGACCCUUCGUGGGAGGAUUUCCGGACAACGAUGGCACGAACGCUGACGGUUUGCACCGGAAUGUGAAUCCAGAGCUCGUCUUCCUCAUCUCUAGAUCUGAGGAGCCGGUGGUUUUACCGAACGAGCCGGGAGCGGCGAGCUUUGCCAUUUCGUUAAACCAAGACUUCAUCAGUCCGUUGGAUCCAGAGUCUCCGUCGGCGGAGCAAAUAGAGGAUGUUUUCGCUUUGCCGCGAACCGCGAGUUCUCCGAGUAAAGAAGUGGGGGAUGCAAAGCAAGAAGAGCAGUUUGAUUCUAUGAUAGCGGAGACAGAAUCUCCAGAAACAGGGAAAACUGACAAAACGUGCAACACAGAGUCCAUGCACGUCAGCGAUGCAUCUGCAGAACAAACCGACACGGAUGCAUUCAAAACAACCAAUGAUUUGUCGCUUAGCGACAGUUCAGUCACCACCAACAAGCUUGAGAGGAAAAUACUGCCUCCGAGAGCUAGAAGAGGCAUAAGAAUGGGAGCCAUCGUUCAAGACAUCCAUCCCGUCAGGUGCAAAUCGAGUCGUGUUUGUAAAAGAAAACUCCAAACGAGCAAGUCCAAGAAAAAUGUUCUGGAAAGGAGACGCAGUGUAGCGGAUGAAAAGAAGAAGAAAGAAGAAACCGACGUCAGACGAUCGAGCAGACGCAAAGCCAUGCUAUCUACCUCAUCUUCUGCGAAGGCAUUUGUAAAACGCACAAAGAAAAAGUCAUCCGGAAGGAUAAGAAACCUUCAUUCGGCACAAGUUAACCGUCAAAAACCAAUUACGACAACAUCUGUGAAGAAAUCGGCCAAACGGAGAAAAAACAAACACAAAGUCGGCCAUGCGUCAUUUUUCUCGCCACAGGAACCCGAAAUCAAACUCAAAUGUCUGAAAUACAAGGAGGAGAAGAAUAUUGUGCGGGACGAGACCUUCACGCCUUGCGUGCGCGUCCAGAUCAAAGCCUUCCCGAUCUGUACGGUCAUCAGCUACCCCGAGGACAGCGUCCGGAGCAAGCAGGGAAAGCGGCGGGUGUGUGCCGGGUUUGCGUCCGGCGUGAAGCCCGCGACACCAGGAUUGCAGUACGGACGGAUCUGUGAGGACGGCAUGCAGCGGGAUGUCCUGGUCUGCUGUCUCUGUGGAGGCUCGGCCAAUGCAAUGGACCUCGGAGACUUACAUGGGCCGUAUUACCCUGAAGGUUUCAAAUCGGCCUCUAAAGCGGCUCCUAAUCCACAGGAAGAGGAUAAUAGUGACUCAGACUCGUCUUUUGGAGAGAAAUGUGUUGCUUCAGGCAGCUGGACUAAGUCUUUUUGGACCAGCGAUAGUGAGUUGUCCAAUAGUCCUUUGUCUAAGAGACCCAGGACAGACGGCGACACCGAUUGGUUCAGUCCUCCCGUGGUUCCUCUUGAUGCAAACGAGCACUGGCUCCACGAGGACUGCGCGAUAUGGUCCGCAGGCGUCUUUCUGGUGCGGGGAAAACUGUACGGUCUGGAAAACGCGGUCAGGUUGGCCAAAGCGUCGGUAAGAUUUCAGAUACCCAGAUCGUUUAGCGCUCCGCAGCCUGCAGUAAUGACACCCACCCGUUUCUUUAUCCAGGUCUGUUCGACGUGUCAAAGAAGGGGAGCCACGCUGGGUUGCGUUUUCAAAGGCUGUCCGAACAAAUACCACUACACAUGUGCGCUGCAGUCCGGUUGUGUAUUAAACGAGGAUAAUUUCUCAAUGAAAUGCAGAAAGCACAAGAACAAGUCCAUUAAAGGAUCAUCAAAUCGUCAAAUCAGCAGGUGACAGGAGAAAGAGGACGCUAUGCGAGAGUGCGGCUGAUCUCUAACUCCAGUGUUUCUGUGCGCGCCGACCGCAGGAGCUUCAGACAACACCCAAACACCUUAAUAAUUGUGCUGCUGCACUGCUCAUAACAUCGUCACUAUCACACAAACGGCACUUUGUGAGACUCGCACUAAAGACAGAGUCAUUUUGCGAGGUUGAAUGUGGGGAACGUCAGGGAAUUGUGCAUUUAAGGGGCUCGAAGCAGAAGACCAAUCCUCACAGCGUCUUAUUUACCAAUAUGAUUUUAUUAAGUAUGUGUCAUAUUUAUGUUUUUUGUAAGCAAAGGCUUAUC